GAUCCGCUCCUGCGGAUCCCACCGGCCGCCCCGCGCCGCGGCGGGGGCAGCAGCUCCCGAGCAGAAAGGAGCCUCGCCAACGCGGGGGGCGGGCACGCUGCGGGGGGCGACGCGGGACGCGGGGAGCGUGUGGCUCCGUGUCGGUCACCCAUGCGGGAGCCCGGUACCGGGCCCUGCCAGCCCCGGAGGCGGUGACAAAGGCGAAGGGGAAGGAAAGUCCCUCUGUCCUGCUGAGCGGUGACCGUCCUGCUGAGCGACCGGGGCGGGGGGAGGCCUCCCUCUCUCCUCCCCUCCCGCCCCGGCAGCCCCCGCCGCCCGGCACACGCGGGACCCCUCCUGCUCCCGGGGCUCCCUGCCGGGGGCGCAGCCGGAGCCCUGCCGAGCCCGGGGCGGGCGGGGGAUGAGCGGCGGCGGCUCCUUGCCCGCCGGGGCUCCCGGGGGUUGCCCGGCCCUGUCGGCCCGCGGCGCCCGCAUCGCCGGCGGCGCCCCGGGGCUGCUGGAGGAGGGGUUCGCCCUCUACGUCGCCGACCCUUUCCAUCGGGAGCUCAAUCCGCAGGGCAUCCUGAACCUGGGCACAAGCGAGAACAAGCUUUGCUUUGACUUAAUAGAGGCGAGACUCACAAGACCUGACAUGAAUUAUCUGGAGCCUGAUCUUUUCCAGUAUUCCGAUACACAAGGUACUAGAAGCUUCAGAGAAGAAAUUGCCAAAUUUCUAACUGACUAUGCCAGAGCUGCAAAAGCACUGAAUCCGGAAUACAUAACUGUUAUGAAUGGCUGUUGUGCUGUUUUUGCUACUCUGUCAACUGUAUUAUGUGACCCUAGCGACGGGUAUCUUAUUCCAGCUCCGUACUAUGGUGGUAUAAAUUCGAAAACAGGGCUGUAUGGCGGAAUACAACCGGUUCAUGUGCCUUUGUUCAGUGAGGUGACUGACGAAGAAAGUCACCCUUUCCAGUUAACAGUUGAAAAAUUAGAAGCUGCGUUACACAGAGCCAAAAAGCAGGGCAUCCGCGUCAGAGCAGUAAUCCUGAUCAACCCCCACAAUCCAUUAGGGAACGUUUACCCAGCGCAGUUACUGAAAGAGUGUCUGGAGUUUGCGCACAGAUAUGAAUUGCAUGUAAUAAUGGAUGAAAUAUACAUGCUCUCUGUUUACGACGAUACCACCUUCACCAGUGUUCUUAGCUUAGAUUGUUUACCAGAUCCAGAACGAACACAUUUUAUGUGGGGUUUUAGCAAGGAUUUUGGUAUGAGCGGUAUCAGAGUUGGAGUAUUGUACACCAGAAACCGUGAAAUUCGGAAAGCUGUGAAUCAACUGGCUGUCUUCCAUAGCUGUCCUGGACCCGUUCAGCACGUUCUCAGUCAAUUCCUUAGGGACAGAGACUGGUUGGAUAACGUGUUUCUUCCCACCAACAAAAAGCGGCUUAAGGAAGCACAGAAUAUUCUUGUAGAUGGGCUGGCAAAUGUUGGAAUACCCGUGCUCAAAAGUUCAGGAGGACUUUAUGUGUGGGCAGACUUCAGAAAAUUCUUAAAAUCACAGACAUUUGAAGCUGAACUAGAAUUAUGGCAGAAGCUCCUUGAUAAAAAACUCCUGAUUAGUCCCGGAAAAGCGUUUUACUGUUAUGAACCUGGAUGGUUUAGACUGGUUUUCUCUGAUUCCGUAGAUAAGAUUUACUUGUGUAUUCAGAGACUUGAGCAAACGUUGCACAGUUACGCUGCUGAACCAGCCACAAACGACACAUCUUCUACUGCAGAUGCUUUAUGCAAUCCAGAAAAAGAUUCUUCAGACAAACCUUCAAAUGCAUCAGAGGAAGAUGUCUCCCAGCUAGAAAAUAUACUUGUUUAUUAAAAUCAUAUGUGCAUUUAAUGACUUGAUAUAAUUUAUCAUGCUUAUGUUUUCUAAAGGCGUCUAUGACUUCAGUAUUUGUGGCUGUAACCUUGCAUACCACUCUCACUUCUCUGUGACCUGGCAUUAAUAAUCUUGCAAGUGGACUUGCUAAAGUUGAAUUUUAAGGAAAAUGGACCUCCUGGAUAUUGUGAAAUUAGCCCCUGUUAAACACAGCACUUGGUUUUACUCCAUUUCAAGUGUGCUAUGUGCCAGUAAAAUCAGUGAGUCUCGAUAUAGAAUCAUAGGGUUGGAAGGGACCUCUGGAGAUCAUCUAGUCCAACCCCCCUGCCAGAGCAGGGUCACCUAGAGCAGGUUGCACAGGAACGUGUCCAGGUGGGUUUUGAACGUCUCCAGAGUUGGAGACGCCACCACCUCUCUGGGCAGCCUGUGCCAGGGCUCUGCCACCCUCAAAGGAAAGAAGUUCCUCCUCAUGUUUAGGUGGAACUUCCUAUGCUCAAGUUUGUGCCCAUUACCUCUUGUCCUGUCCCCGGGCACCACUGAAAAGAGCCUGGCCCCAUCCUCCUGACACCCACCCUUUAAGUAUUUAUAAGUGUUGAUAAGGUCCCCCCUCAGCCGUCUUUUUUCCAGACUGAAGAGACCCAAAUCCCUCAGUCUUUCUUCAUAAGAGAGGUGUUACAGUCCCCUAAUCAUCUUGUAGUCUCUGCUGCACCCUCUCCAGCCGUUCCCUGUCCCUCUUGAACCGGGGAGCCCAGAACUGGACACAGUACUCCAGGUGCAGCCUCGCCAGGGCAGAGUAGAGGGGGAGGGUGACCUCCCUCGACCUGCUGGCCACGCUCUUCUUGAUGCAGCCCAGGAUGCCAUUGGCCUUCUUGGCCACAAGGGCACAUUGCUGGCUCAUGGUCUUCCUGUUGUCCACCAGGACUCCCAGGUCGAAUAAUAUACUUGCACAGUUGUUGAAUUAUGAAAUUUUGAGAACAUUGGUAAAAUGGUUGUGCUGUAUAUUAUGGACAUAAUCAGAAUACUGAAAGUACUGAAUCACGUUAUAUUCAAAUUUUGCUAAACUUUUGUAGCUGGCAAAAUGUUUUAUUUUUAUAUUCAUAAAAUCUCUAUAAGCAUAUGCAUCUCAACCAUUUUAUACACCUUUCUAUAUAUGCAUACUAAGUGAGUACUUUCUGAGAAAGCAUUUAGAUUUUUGGCUUCUGGGCUUCCUUUCAGAUUGUUUCUGUGUGCCUGUAUUCAUUGGAUAGCGUUUUCAUACAUUAACUGUAAAAAAACCCUCAAAAGUCUGUAAUGUAUACUUAUUUGGCAGAGUUGUGUGGGGACUUUUUUGCUUUGUUUUGAUUUGUUGGGCUUUUUUUAAGGUAUUUGCAGACUUAAUUCACCAUUUGCUCCAUUAUUUAGGUUUGGUGAGAGAAAAUUAGAAUUGUAAAAUUAAUGGACUGCUGCUGUAGAGGAUCAGGAGAAGGAUUGUCUCUCUGUGGGUCCCUAAUAAACUUGGAAUUUAUGCUCCUGAUAGUAA